AUGGAAAACAGUCCCGAGAAAGAUACAGAACCUGGAAAUAUCACGGAACUUUUAAGUACAGGAAAACUUGAUUUUGAUGACGAAACUUUAAGAGGUAAGGGGAAAUACCAAAUUUGUUAAGUCGAUUGACAUAUACCAAUUGAUGAUUAAGUCUAAAAUGAACAACAUUAGGGGUAUUUUUGAUCAAAACCUUAUGGUAAUCCCAAUUUUAUUCUUGAAUUCCGCUGCCCCUCUGUUGAUUUACUUUUACCCACUGUGCGUGAUUUCAUACCAGUCUUGCUCGAAACAUUAAUAGAAUGCCCUGGUCGCGGUGGAAAUGUUUAUGCAAAAGUCACCCAUCUUCGAAAGAGGCCCAUGUUCUAGACAUUUUUUUACGAUCGCUUCAAAAUAUCUAAAAUUCGGGACAUUUAAUAGAACUUGGGUCAACUGAAGGAAUAAUGUUGACAUGUUGUGCUCGACCUCCUUUUCCCUUUCCCCUCAAUGUUGGCCUCGAACUUGGACAAUUCCACCAAAAAAACCAUUUCAAGACAACAUUGGAAGAGAGAAAGACAUGUAUCGGAGCAGUGUGACCCAAGUUGAGCGUCAGAGAUUGUAGUCUCCAACGCACAGGAGGAGCGUUGUGUGACGUAACAAAAACGGCUGCGAUGGCCCAUGUACGGCGUUUUCCAGGCCUCCUCCGUCAAUUCGUUUCGGUGACAUAUCCGAGGCGAACGGGUGGGAAACGCCUAGAUAAAAACAGAAUUCGCAUGCGUACGUUGCGUUUUGAAAACAGCGGACUUUCUUUCACUUCUUCGCUCGGACCACGUGACCCGAAACGCAUGAGGCCUAGCAGGGGUGGCUUGGUGGCCUUCGCGCAGAGUCCUUUCCUUCUUUCCUUUUUUUCCCUGUGAUCAACUGAUUUUUAUUUCCCCCUUUCAGCGAUAGCGGAAGUUUACAAGAACGAAGGUAAUAACGAAUUUAAUAAAGGAGAAUUCGGAAACGCCAGAUACUUCUACACGGAAGGGAUUAGAGUGAAAUGCGAAGAUGACGAAUUGACUGCUAAACUGUACAGCAACAGAGCAACAGCUAAUUUUCGUCUUGGUGAGUUGUCUUGUUUCUAAUCUCUCUCGUUUAAAUGCAUCGUCGCCGCGUACAGACCACAAGGAACAGCAAAAGAAGCCAACGUUUGUAAUACGAACUACCCAUUCUCCAAUGAUCCUUCGACUCAUGACCGCCGCUCACGGACAGCGAAUAACCAGAACACUAGUAUCAUUUUAGGUCAUUGAAUUUCAGUUACUCAAAAAAGUAAGAGCGCGUGACAUCUUUCUUCUGUUAAAGUGCCCAUCACCUAAAAUUUAAUAUUUUCUUAUCUGAAACUACACCUUAUAAAAAUAACUUCUGCGAAAAAAUUUUGCGAUUUAAACCAAAGACGAUUUUUUUAUAAUUUUUUAAAAACGUUCAAAUUUGCCGCCAUUUUUGCACAUCAUUCGUCUUAGUCUUCUCUCGGAGUAUGGCGUCAUAUGACGUACUUUAAGGAACACGAGACCUUAUCGACAGGAAAACAUUAAGAGUUCUGAUAGGUUUUUCUUUUUCAGAAAAACUUUCUUCUUGCGAAGACAUUGUGAUUCAAUCCUUACUUGUAAUUUAUCUUUUUUGUGUACCGCUGGGUAAUGCGAGUUCCUUAAUUUACGUCACAUGACGUCAUAUGUGAGCCUGCUAGUUUGCAUGAUCAGCGGCGCGGGUGUACCGCAAAAAUGUAGACUUCAAAAAUUGGUAAAAAAAUCGCGUUUUGUUCACACCGCAAAAUUUUUUCGCAGAAGUUAUUUUAAUAAGGUAUAGUUUCAGAUAAGAAAAUAUAAAAUUUUAGGUGAUGGGCACUUUAAGGAAGACCUCUAUCUGAAAUUUUCUUACUUUCGGUUAUUCCUGUUCCUCAAAACGCUACGUACAUUAUAUUUUAUUUUGUUUAGUGGGGUAAGCGUACAAUGUUGUGUUUUAUUCUAUUUUUAAGUCCAACAUCACUGUUCAUUGCUUUUAAAUUUAUCUUUGACUACUAGUUAUUGUUGAAAUUAUAGGCAAUUACCACGAGUCAGUAAAAGAUGCCAAAGCUGCCAUAGAGUUGCAACCAACGUUCCUAAAAGCUAUAACAAGAGGUUAGAUUGGUACCUAAGCUUUGUGUAGAAUCAAUCCCAGGGCAGGGAAAAACUAGCUGGCCUAAAAAUCGGACUGGGACAUGGGGACGGGGACAUCAGGACACGUUUACAAGGACUUGGGACUCGGUUACGCGAGGGACGAGAUGUAUGAGACGCGGAAACCCGAAAUACAGGACGUGAGGACGCGAACAAAAUUUUUUUCAGUUUCUGCAAAAGUCGGAGUGCUCUCUUCAUUUUGUGGGAUAUUAUUCAUUAUGAAAUAAACACAUCUUCCAUUUAAAUUUAACAGGUUUCUUGUAGUGACUAAAAAUUGGCGGGAAACUCAAUUUUUUCGAAACUUUGUUGAUUUUAUCUGUUUUUAGAUCCUUGCGAAGAGGUCCCUAUGACAUAAUUACUAGGCAUCCGAUAAAAUAUAACAAAAAUUUGGCGCCAGAAUUGGAAAAGUGCAAGUGAAGUGCCGGAUCUUUCUAAGGCUUUCGACGUUAUUGAUCAUGAUCUACUCUUAGCAAAACUUAAGGCUUAUGGUGUGGGAGAGAGAAGUUUUGUGCUCUUCAAUUAUUACUUGUCGGGAAGACAGCAUAGAGUCAAGAUGGGGGACACGUUUUCAAGCUGGAAAGGUGUUAUAAAAGGGGUUCCGCAAGGAGGUGUCCUGGGGCCAGUGUUUUUCAAUAUUUUCAUCAACGACUUGUUUUACUGGCUAACACAAUGUAAACUACACGCAUAUGCCGACGAUCAUCAGUUAUACUCUUCUAAUACUGACCCAGUAGCCCUAGAGGACUGUAUUUGUCGUGAAGAGUUGCAAACGAGUGGUAUCGCAGCAAUAGAAUGAUUGUAAAUGAGACAAAACAUCAGGCUAUCGUCUUGGGAAGAACAGGCCACUCCUUCUCUUUACCAUUAAAAGAUUCUUUGGAUAUAUUUGAAAUAAAUAUUGACAAUAGGCUGUGUUUCGAUAAUUAUACAUCAACUUUUUGUAAAAAGAUAAAUAGUCAGUUUAAUGUGAUGUUAAGAUUUCGUAAACUCAUCUCUAAAGAUACUCUUUUAAGAUUACAUAAGGAAAGUGAUGAGUUCUUCUCUGUUAAACGCGGUAAUUGGGUUCAAAAUGAAAUUAGUAUAGAGCGUUUUCACAUGACAUCACAGCGGCCAUAUUGGUGUAUCAAAUCAAUCCUUUGGGAGUUGAACUCUUUUCUUAUGUAAACACUUUUUGUUCCUAUAAAUUUUCAAAGAUGCUGGCCACCUGAGCAAAAACGUUCUAUUUACACUUUUAUUGUCGGUCAUUCUUCUCUUGCCUUUUAGCCUCUUUUUGUUAAUGAUAUAAAAAUAGGUAGGAAAGAUUGUAGGACAACUAUAUCAGCAGGAUAUGAAACCAACGACAAACAAAACUUAUUGCCGAGAGAUAUUUGGAUGACUCUGCUAACAUUCACAUUGGUUUAUUAGGAGCAAGUGCCUUUUUGGAGCUGGGUCUAUAUGAGGAAGCCAUCGCCUGGUGUGACAAGGGAUUAGCAGUAUCCUUUUGCAAGAUAGUCAUGCAUGUUACCGUGCCUUAAUUAUAAAGUAUACCAACUGUCUUCCCUCCGUUACUGAAAAAUAUUUUUAAAAUUAGCAUGUUUUUUGCCUUUUUUACACCCAAUAAGCAUUACGUCCGCAUUUAAUGAAGACGGGGAGCAAGGGUGGCGCAGUGGUCAAUGAACACUUUAAUUUCAAUAGGGUGCAUAAUCAGUACAGACCAACUGUACUCUCCCUUAUGAGAGUACUCUCCUCCCACCAAUGUGGCCAGCCAGUCAAAUCAUGGCGGCGACACCAUAUGUGGGUCAAGUUUGUUGUUGUUUCUCUCCCUUGCUCCGAGAGGUCUUUCUCCAGGUACUCCGGUUUUCCCGUCUCCUCAAAAACAACACUUCCAAAUUCCAAUUCGACCGGGAAUCAGGUGGACGGAGAACCACUUAGUGGAUGUGCUACUCUAAAUCGCUAUUUAUUUUAUUUAUUAAUGUAUAUUUAUGACGGUGGCAAGCCAUUAGAUUGACAUCUGCCGUUUUUACUAGACAUACUAUCUGUCUGUGACAGUCUUGGGAAAAAGUUUCCCAGAAAAUAUUAAUGUGUCUGUUUGAACUAUCUUGUGAAGUUCGUUAUUAAUUUUUCAUGAGUUCGUCAUGAUUAUUGCUUUUGAGUUUAUUAUUUAUAUUUUGGGGACGUCGUUUAUAUAUAGGGUCAACCUUACGAUUUUUCUUUUCUACUUUUUUUAAAAUUGCUUUCUUAUCUCUCGAAUAAACCCAUAUUGUCAUUGUGAUUGUGAUGAAAGACGCGGAACCCCCGAAAAUAUUGAGAAGGGAAUACUGGCAGCAGUAAAGAUACUGUGGUAGCACGUGUAACAUAAAGAAUUCUUUGGAUACUUCUACGAAUUCACGAGAAUAGGCGGAUGGUACGCAGUCUAUAAAAAGGAAAAUAGACUAUAAUUAAGGGUGGGGAUGGUUAUGCGUGCCAGUAUAAGGCCUGACAAACGUAGAUCUGAUGUCAAGGCGAACUGUCUGCUGAACCACUGUCAACUGAACUAACGCAUAGAUAAUAAGACCUGUCUUUAAACAAGACGCUUAUAAAAGUUUUUACAUUGUCUAGUGCAAACUUUCUUCAGCCUUAUGCGAUCUUCCUCCUUUCCUUCUGUCUGUCUGCCUGUCCAUUUGUCUGUCUGUCUUUCUACCAGCCAGCCUGCCUGUGCGACGGUGUGUCGCUUCUUCUUGGCUUCUGGCUCGCAGUUCUUAACCUUCCUUUAGGAAACACUAGUUUUGAUUUAUCUUAACCUUUGAAAGAUUAACAAGAGCAGUAAAACUCUGUUGGAUUUACGGAACAAGUCUGUUGUUAAACACAUGUUGCAUGAGGUCAAGCAGGGAAAAGUAGAGAGUAAUCAGAAAUAUGGCAAAUCAAUGAAAUUCAGAACGAAUGAAGAGGGUGGUUGCACUGGAAUUGCCUAUCGCAGCCGUGAAGAAUUGAGAAAAGCCAAAGAUUAUCAUGAGUACUGUCUAGAGAUCGCCAAACGAGUUGGAGACAAGUUCAGUGAAGGACGAGAGUAUUGCAAUCUGGGCAACAUAUUUGCCGACAUGGGAAAUCUUCAGAAAGCUAUUGAUUACCAUGAUUGCAGUCUAAAACUUUGCAAAGAAAUAAACCACAGGGCUAAUGAAGGACGCUCGUAUUGUAAUCUUGGCUCCACUUUUAAAGAUCUUGGGGAUCUUAAGAGAGCCAUAGAAUUUCUUGAAAUCUCCCUAGCAAUAGCCGUAGAAGUAAAAGACAGUAUUGAAGAGGCACGCGCAUGUCAUAAUCUUGGCCAAACUCAUUUUGCUCUUAAAGAUUUUAAGAAAGCAAUAGCUUUCUACCAACGAUGUCUUAAAAUUUCUAAAGACGUGGGAGACAAGUCUGGAGAAGGGCACACUUAUGGUAAUAUUGGCAGUGUUCAUUAUAGCCUGGGGAAUUUUACAAAGGCUUUAGAGUGCCACGAGCUCGCUCUUCACACUGCCAAAGAAGUGGGUGACAUGUUUCUACAAGGACUCACGUAUGGUAAUAUUGGUGCGGAUUACAACGGCCUUGAACAGUUCAAAAAAGCCAUUUUCUUUCUUGAAAGGAGUUUAAUAAUUUGCAAAGGAGUAGGAGACAGGCUUGCCGAAAGAAAUGGCUAUCUUAAUCUUGGCAAUGCAUACACCAGUCUGGAAAAUUUUGAAAAAGCCAUGCACAAUUACGAAAAAUGUCUCAAUCUUGUUAAAGAAGAUGACUGUAAGUCUGCUGAAGCACAAGUGUACCGUAAUCUUGGUUCCCUUUAUAGUAAAAGAAAAGAUUUUAAAAAAGCCUUUGACUAUUUCGAAUGCAGUCUAAAACUUGCAAAAGAAGUGCAAGACAGGUCUGACGAGGGACAGGCUUAUUGUAAUCUCGGCGAAACUUUUAACAUUCUCGGAAAUAUAAAAAGGGCUGUUCAUUACUAUGAACUUUAUCUACAAAUAACUAAAGAAGAUAAUGACAGAGCAGGGCAAGCAAGAGCCUAUGAAAGACUGGGCACCGCUUAUCAAAUUCUAAAAGAUUUUCCCAAAGCUAUAGAAUACUUUGGACUCUCUUUACAGAUUGAUAAAGAAGCAACAAACAGCAGAGUUAAGGUAGAUGUCCUUAAUAAUCUUGGAGUCUGUUACGACAAUAUGGGAAAUUUUAAAAAAGCAAAAGAAUGUCUAGAAGGUUGUCUUAAAAUUUCGAGAGAACUGAAAGACAACUCUCUCAUUGGAAAGUCUCAUAUCAACCUUGCCAAUGCUUACUAUAGCCUCGGUGAUCUUAAGAAAGCUAUAGAGUGCUAUGAACAUUCUCUGCAAAUUGCCAAAGAAUCAGAUGACAGGUCAGGUGAGGGAAACGCCUAUGGCAGCCUUGGCAAUGCUUAUUGCGCACUUGGGGAUUACAAACAUGCAAUAUGCUACUACGAACACUGUUUGGAGAUUUCCAAAGAAUUACGAGACAGGAAUAAAGAGUCAUGUGCUUAUGCUGGCCUCAGCAACAUUUUUGCCUGUCUUCAAGAUUAUGAAAGAGCCAAAGAAUACAAUGAGUUAUUUUUGAGAAUUGCAAUAGAAGAAAAAGACAUACGUCAACAAGGACUUGCUUAUUGUAACCUCGGUGCUGACUGCUACAGCCUUGGAGAAUUCAAUGAAGCCAUAGAUUAUCAUAAACGAAGCCUUAAAAUUGCAACAGAGAUCAAUGACAGGUCUGGAGAAGGAAGAGCAUAUGGAAAUAUUGGACUUUGUUAUUGCGGUCUGGGUAAUUAUGAAAGAGGAAUAGAUUAUAUUAAGCGCAAGUUAGAAAUUGCCAAAGAGGUGGGUGAGAUGAAAGAAGUGGCAUACGCGUAUGCAAGCCUUGGACGUAACUUGGAAUACUUAGGUUAUCUCCAAGAGGCUAGUGAAUGUUAUAUGUCCAGUGUCAAAGUAUUUGAUGCUAUGAGAGCUUGUCUCCAGUCUAAGGAUAAGUGGAAAGUCAGUUUUAGUGACAAACAAAACAAAAUAUACAUUGAUUUGUGCAAAGUGCUAUUGAAAUUAGACAGGUCUUUCGAGGCCCUUUGCACUGCUGAAAAAGGAAGAGCACAAGCCUUGAAUGAUCUUUUGAAAUCUAAUUUCCGAAUUUGGACAGAUAUCAACGCAAAGUCAAGCUCUGAGGAAGAAACGAUACAGGAUUUUUUUCCAGGAAUUCAAUGCGAGGUGAUUUUUCCAUUCUUCCAUGGAGACGCAAUUUACCUCUGGGUGAUCCAAGAUCAAAUAAAUGUUAACAAAAGGGUGAAAGAAGUCAGCUGUGACUACACAAGAGAAAGUGUUGUCAGUUACGUUCAAAGCUUAGUUGAGAGUGCGCUUGAAGACGUUGGUGUGAACUUUGGCGUUUGCUGUGAAGAUCGCUCAUUAUAUAAACUAACAAAAUCACCUGCUGACGAAAAGCGCUUCAAUAAGACCCAGUCAUAUCCUUUGGAAUCGCAACAUUAUCUCCUGAAAAGACUAUACGAUCUCUUUAUUGCUCCUGUGGAAGACUUGAUUACUGGCAAUGAAAUUGUGAUUGUCCCUGAAGGUCCAUUGUGCUAUGCUCCUUUUGCUGCCUUCAUGGAUUCGAAUUCAAAGUUUCUAAGUGACUCGUUCAGAAUCCGAAUGAUACCAUCGCUAACUAGUCUGAGAUUGAUCUUGGAUUGUCCAGCAAAUUACCACAUUACGACUGGAGUACUGCUUGUGGGAGAUCCGUGGGUUCAAGAUAUCACCGUCGAUGAUGGAGGAAAGCUAGAUCAGCUACCUUACGCGAGAAAGGAAGUAGAGAUGAUCGGGAGAAUACUCAAGGUUUCUCCCCUUACUGGUAAAGAAGCAACAAAGGACGAAGUACUAAAGAGACUUUCAUCAGUUGCGUUAGUUCACAUCGCAGCUCACGGUCGUAUGGAAACAGGGGAAAUUGCACUCUGUCCAAACCCUUCUCGAACAUCCUUAGAGCCUGAAGAUGAAGACUUCAUCUUAUCCAUGAGCGAUGUGUUAAAUGUGAAGCUGAGAGCCAAACUAGUUGUGCUUAGUUGUUGUCACAGUGGUCGUGGAGAGAUCAAGGCUGAGGGUGUGGUCGGUAUUGCGCGAACUUUCAUGGGUGCCGGUGCUCGUUCCGUGUUGGUGUCUCUGUGGGCCAUUGAUGAUGAGGCUACCCUGGAGUUCAUGAAAACGUUUUACCAGCACUUGGCAGAAGGAAAAGGUGCAAGUGAAUCUCUAAACCGAGCUAUGAAAAACAUGAGAGAAUCUGAGAGGUUCAGUGACGUGAAAUACUGGGCGCCAUUUGUACUUAUUGGAGAUGACGUCUCUUUGCAAUUUGCCAAGAAUGACUAG